AUGGAGAAAUUCAAGGCGGUGCUAGACACAAUCGCGGUCAAGGAUGAAGAUGGCAAUACCGUAUCGGCCUGGUAUAAUGAGGAUAUUCGACCGAUUCCUCCACAUCGGCGCACGUGGAAUGGGUGGACCUACUUCAGCUACCAAAGUGGAGUUGGAAUCAUCAUCGUGACUUGGUCUACCGGAUCCAGUCUCCUUGGGCUUGGGCUGAACGCCUGGCAGCCAAUCAUAUGUGUGGUUCUCGGGUACGCAUGCGUUGGCAUCUUGACUAUGCUGGGUUCUGAGAUUGGUGGCAAAUGGCAUGUUGGGUUUCCAGUAGCGAGUAGAUUCGUUUGGGGCAUGAGGGGGGCCUUCUUCCCGACGCUCAAUCGAGUUGUAUUGAAUUGUGUCUGGUGGGCAACAGAGUCCUGGCUUGGAAUGAUGUGCGUCCGAGCGACUAUCGGCUCCAUCUGGCCUUCCUUUUACUCGAUUCCCAACACGUUUCCUGACUCGGUCCCAAUGACAUUGGGCGAAUUUGUUGCUUGGCUCAUUUUCGUUGUCUUGUGCGUUGCCGGCGUCUUGGUUCGACCCGAAAGAUUCCACUGGCCAUCCAUCAUCACUGCUGCUGUCAAUCUCGUCACGGCACUGGCUCUUGUUGGAUGGUUUUCCCACCGAGCCGCCGGACCGGGGGCUCUGUUCAAGGACACAACAGCGUUGCUCUCGGUGGAACCGGCUACUGGGAGCGAGCUCGGAUGGGCCUUCAUGCACGGUCUGACCACCGUUAUUGCAAGUCAGUCCACGGGUAUUCUCGGCUUCGCCGAUUGGGGCCGUUACUCAAAAACUCCCGGGGCGCAACGCUGGCCGCAGGGUCUGGGAAUGGCCCUCUCCGAUACCCUCUCGGGUAUCAUGGGCAUCAUCUGUUCAUCUUGCUGUGCCACAAUUUACCCAGAUGCUGGGCUUGUGUGGAACCAAGCAUUGCUUCUAACUCAAAUCCAAAUGCACGAAGCACCUGCUGCACGAGCGGCUGUCUUUUUCGCAUCGGUUCCCAUUUUGAUGUCACAGGUCCUAAUUACAGUCUCGGGCAGCAGUAUUGCUGGAGGAGUCGACAUGUCAGGCUUAUUGCCAAAGUUUAUCGACAUCCGCCGUGGAGGGUACAUUGUCCUCGUGAUUGGAAUAGCACUGCAACCGUGGACCCUGUCAAAUACCAAUAGCAAAUUCCUGGCCGUCAUGGGUUCCUACGCGAUUUUCUUGGCACCUUUGACUGGCAUACUCCAUUGCGAGUAUUACUUGGUCCGGCGGCGGAAAAUCUCUCUGCGAGACCUCUACACCCCUAGCCCAGAUUCCUCAUAUUGGUAUUACCACGGACUCAGCAUCCGAGCACUCAUCAGCUUUUGCCUUGGCUUUUUCUUCUUCCUCCCUGGGUAUAUACACAACAUCACACCGAGUAUUUCGGUUAGCGUCGCCUGGUCCAGACUGUUUUACCUUUGUUACCCCGUCGGCUAUUUUGGAUCUGGACUGAUUCACUAUGUCGUAUCCUACUUCUUCCCCCCCAAGGAGCUAGGCAAAGUAGACGAUUUCGACUACUAUGGAACUUUUACGCCAACAGAGACAGGCCCCUCUGGUCUGAUCCUUGGGGUUUCCUCCAACAGCCAGGAAGACAUUGGAACGAAACCAAGGGAGACUGGACAAGGAGAGGACAAAGACAUAGCUCUCCCAAGCCACGACAAGAAAGUUUAA